AACUGGAGAGGUCCGAGUUGCUAUGGCGGCGAAGGAGACCGCCGGCGGGAGUGGUUCCAUGGACGACGGAUCCGAUAGUGAUCCAUGUCCUAUCUGCCUUGGACCAAUGCGCCAAGACUCUUACCUCGAUACCUGUUUCCACAAGUUUUGUUUCAGUUGCAUCAAACAGUGGAUCAAAGUUGUUUCCAGCAAGGCCUCUAAGCAAUUAUCAUCAGUGAAAUGUCCUCUCUGUAAGGUUUGCUUCUUAGAAACGCUCUCUUCUGCUCACAACGACACCUUGAGGAAGUUGUUAACAGGAAUGACUAUAAUAACACUAUGCGGAGAGAUAAUUCCUCGAUCAUCCACAACUACGAUUGGUGUUCUUUUGAGCGGCAUUAUAUCAACCGGAAUAUUUCAGAUGGAUUUGUACUGACAAAAGAACAGAGAUACAGGUUGAGAUGUUACUACACCGAAUCAGGUUUCGUGGCUGAUGUAUUUGAUGUUGCACGGUUUUGGAAGCUGCAAAAAUUUCUUUAUCCAAAUCGGUGGCUUGAAGCCUGGUUGAGGAGAGAGCUCCAAGCCCUAAUGCAGGAUGAAGAUGUUGAUAUCGUUCUGCACCAUUUGGUCGGUGUGAUGGAGUCCUUCUGCAAAAGAUUCGAACAGAGACGCAAACAAGAAGCAAGAAGCGUGGAGACAACAAACCAAGAACAAUUCAAAGCAGUCGUCUCAGAAGCAGCACGUCCAUUUGUAAUGGCGAGAACAGACCGGUUUGUGGAUGAGCUAGAACUCUUCCUAGCAGCGGGACUGAACUUGGAGGCUUAUGAUGCUAUCUAUAAGAAGCGGUUAGGCUGGAACAAUCGAAGAGAGAUUGGUGUGGCUAGUGAAGAAAGAGAAGAAGUAGAAGAACAUAACGUAAGAACACGAGUGACACCUUACUUGUUUAUCUCUGAAGAAGACUCAGACUAAGACAAACCAUACACUUCUGUACAAAACUUGAGAAAAACUUGUGUCCAGUCGUUAUAGAAACUCAUAACUUCUUGUUAAUGGUAUACCACUUUUGAUUUG